AUGAGGGCCGUCAGUCGCAGCUCGGAUGUCGACGACGACGAUGGCGGCGGCGGCGGCGGCUUCGGCGCAAGGGGCGCCGCGAUGUCGUCCCCGUCGGAGAGCGAUAGGUCCUCGGCGUGGAACGACACCGACGCGCAGUCGUCGAACCCCCCGGCCUUCGGCGGCGGCGGCGGCGGCGGCGGUGGUGGCGGUGGCGGUGGUAACUACGCGGCGGCGCAGUUCACGACCGCCGCGAGGUCGGCGUACUCGUCCGGGGGCACCGUGCAAUCGGGCAGACACGGCACUUCCCCCGUGGUGAGGGAGGUGGACGUGUACGACGACGUGUCGUCGGAGGCGUCCAUGUCGUCCGCGGGCACGGAGGCCGCGUCGAGGGUGCAGAGCGAGGUGACUGGCACGUACGACCACGACACGGCGGCCGGCGGGAGCACGACCUCCUUCCAGGCCGGCGGCGGCGACAGCGGCCGCGGCCACCGCCGCCCCGGGUCCGGCGCUAGCGGCGCCCCCUCCCCGGGCCAGCGCAUGCUGGGCUACCAGCAAGCGUACGGCUCCUCGAGGUCCUCGAUAGUGUCGAGGGUGGCCGGGGCGGAGUCGGAAAUGGGGUCUCACCGCCUGGUCCCCCCGCAGGACAGCUGGCAGAACUCGCCGGGGCCCGGGGGGGGGGCGUUGGCGGGGGGUGGGAUCGAGCGGGUGCUGUCCGGGGAGACGACGGACUCGAGCAUCCUGGAGCAGCAGGCGAGGGACAGACACGGCAGCGGCCAGCAGGAGGACGGGGACUUUGGCAGGGUGUGGCUGGCGGAUCGAGCGCACGCGAGACAGUUCGAUGAUGCAGACGAGGAUCGGGGUCGGUCGGGUGUCCGGGGAGGGGUGGUUGCAGAGUUCGGUUUCCGAGCGUGCGUGCUUGCGUUACAAUCAAGAGAGUCGUCCAUUAGCGUAUCGACAGCAGGCACGUGCCGAGAAGGAAAAAAAAAAACGGAAAACACGAGGAAGUCGGCGAGACACUACACCGUCUGGGCACUCGUCGCGUUUUAAGUCUUGUCCGCCGUUUGUGGCAGUAUUUCUCUCUCUCCGUCGGUGUGUUUUUACUUUUUCUGGUGGCACUCGUUCGCCGUUCCUGAGUGUUACAAAAGCGAAAGUCGUGUGGGGAGGGGGGUAUUAAGCACGAAACGCCACAAAAGGAGGCCCAUCCGCGGUCGGCCUAUUGUGUGGGUAGUCGGUGGAAGCUACCGUAGCUCGCCGUUGACGUGUUUGUUUGUUGAGUUCUCGGCGGUGAAUGGUUGUUUGCCGUCUGUCUCGUAUCCUUGCGGGCGCCUGGGGCGGCUUGGGUUCGUGUCUAGAUUGUUUUUGAUGUAGCAGGGGGGCCGAAGGGAGAGAAGAAUGGUGGAAGCCGGACACCUUGGGAAAGUGCUUAAUGAUGGCGACGAGAGAGAGCAGAGAGAACAGCUGCAAACGGCAAAACCCUUUUUGGUACCUGGUACGUGUUUUCCGUGAAAAUUGUGUUGGUUGUGUUUUGGGGGGGGGUCAAGGUUGUGUUUUUGUGUCCCAAGUAUGGACGAAGAGACAAGGAGUGGGUACGGACAAAGAGAGGCAGGCGUGUCGUGUUGUAGAAGGGCAGGCAUGCAUGGUUACGCGUUUCGAGCUACGUUCGGAUUGCGACAUGGUUUAGGUGCGCACGAGUUGAUCCCUUUUGUGUUUUUUAUUCACCUCCCCCCCCCCCCUCCCCCAUCCGCUGAUCACAGGAGUUAAUGAAGCCUCCGCCCGGGUCUUUUGGUAACCAGCCCCCUUUGUUGGGUGGGUCUCUUCUUGUACUCCAAUUUUCACCCGGGGGUUGUCGGCAAGGGAGGUGGCUUUGGAAGAAAUUGAAGAACGACGCAAAAGUGUUUUUAACACCUUGAUUUGCGUAAAACCGGUUGCUUGUGGUUUUGGUAUUGUGUUGGAAGUAAUUCCCCGCCCCCCCCUGCACCCCUCUUGGAAAACAAAACUUGCUUGGCUGCUGACUUCCUAUAAGGGGCGCACACUCCUGCGGGCGUUUUUUUUUCCGUGGGGAGUCCAAAAAAUUUUUUCAACAAAGAAGGUGGAUGUCCAUGUAACGGCUAUAUGUAGCUUGUUCGGUGGAGUAUUCACGGGGGGGGGGGGGGGGGCGUGGUAGCUUUGUGCUGUGGAAGCGCGUCACUU